AGGUCCUGCCUCUCGAUAGACACAAUAAUAUGACCAUGGCGCGGCUCAUGUUUCCCUUGUGAUUACUUAGAAGUCUUCACUUUCUUGUCACCCCUGCUAACUCCAAGCUACUCUUUGUUGUCGUUGUAGAGGAAGCGGAUAAAAACGAUGUUGUAUUUAGGUACUACUAGAGCAACUAGCAACUACGGAUUGGGCUAAAAGAUAUGAGUUCGUAGCUCCGAAGAGACAGGACGAAUACUCAGGCGAAGGAUAUGCGCUCUUGUCGCAGACGUUGCUGGUCCUUCACGUGAAAUAUUGAUAUCAAUAAAUGAAAGCAGGCAGCAUUUUUUCUCAAAUUUUUCAUUUGUAACCGCACGCUUCGAUCCUGAUCAUGAACAUGAUGUAGAACAGCAUUUAUUCAUUAUUAGGAUUACUUUAGAAGCACGUGCUCUAUUUCUAUUGGACUGUUGUUUCUUUUUCUGACUUUUAUGUCAACGACACAGUUCUUGGAAAUACUUCUAUGUACUUAUUCUUGUUCUUGUGGUGAAAAUAUCGAGCUAAUAUCAAGUAACUAAAGUCACGUGAGUAGUCGUUGUCCUCGUUGUUGGUUUCACUGCACCCCGAUCACGAACGAGCUGGUGCUAAACGUGGUCAAGAUGGGUGGGGACAUGACGCACCCAAAUGCUUUGCCAUCGCACGAUGAUCGCGCAAGGGCGAGCGGGCGCAAUGCGGCUCGGCAACAGGCACUCCGAGGCACUGCCGCUGUUGUCCCGGUGCAUGACAUGCAGGUGGUGCCGGGAGCUGACUCGUCCACCACGGCCAACGCUCCUGCUCAGCGUCAAACCCUAUCAGAAAUGGCGGCGGAUCUCAACGCCGACCAUUCGAAGCCACCAGACGGCGAGACCUUGCGAGGCAAAAUGCAUGUCGAAGGAGAACUCACGUCCGAGGAGCUUGCGGCCAUGAGUGAUUGGGACCGACAGAAGGAAAUGUACCGAAGGAAAUGCGCAGACAUUCUGAAUAGUUCUAGAUUUGACCUUUGCAUCAACUUCAUCAUCUUGCUGAACUCAGCCACUAUCGGAUGGGAAGCGCAACUUUUUGUACAAGGAAAAAGCGUCGAGGGUUUUGCUGCGGUAGAGCACAUAUUUUAUGACGAGACGACCAAUCAAAUUGAUCAAUCACUUCUAUCACUAUCUCCAUCUCCAAGUACUUCCCUUAUCUUCAUCAUCUUCAACAUCAUUAGUAUCUAUUGGAAUAAUUUGAUGGGAUCUUUCUAGUCAAUCUCAUGACGGCUUUGACUUUCGUUUUUGUUGACGAAGAUCAAGUAUAAUUAAAUGUAGAUUUUCUACCCACCUGCAGAUUUUUUCCUCUUCUUCUAAUUUGACCUGGUUAUCUACUUGUCCGAGCUGUCGUCACGUUUUUUCGCGUUUGGGUUCAAGAAGUCCAUCACCACGUCGGGCUGGGUCGCGUUCGAUUUUCUGCUGGUGAGCGUUGGUGUUUUGGUGCAGUGGCUGCUGCCGCUUAUAUUCCUGGACGGCGAGCAGGACAUUUUGGAGCCCUUGUUUGUCUUCCGUGUGUUGCGAUUGCUUCGUCUGGCCCGAGCAGUGCGUUUGAUUAUAACAUUCAAAACCCUGUGGCUUUUAGUAAGAGGCUUGUUAACAUCUGCCGACACGAUCACCUUUACCCUGCUACUGAUUACGAUGACGGUGUACGUGUUUGCAGUGGUUGGAAUAGAGCUGAUAACGAAGAAUAAGCAGUAUUUCUUAGACCGGGACAACGGGGACUUCGCGGCCGAAGGCUACAUAACUAGUCUGAUGGAAAAUGAAUUUUCCGACGUGCCUGCUGUGAUGUUGACGCUCUUCGGUUUCGCAACUUUGGACUCCGUGAACCGUAUCUACUCGCCAAUGAUACAAACCCAGCCACUCUUAAUUUUCUACUUCAUGCCGUUCAUCCUGAUCGUCUCGGUCGCGAUGAUGAAUCUCGUCACGGCCGUCCUGGUCGAGAACGCCUUGGAGAGUUCCAAGAACGAUAAAGAGAUGAACGCCGUCUACGCCAAAGCGAAGCUCGAGGCAAUGAUGCCCGAGAUCAAAAAAAUGUUCUACACCCUAGACGCGGACGGUUCCGGCGAAAUCUCAAAAGAGGAACUCAUAGACGGACUCGAUGCGCACCCAGUCAUGAAAAUGGAGCUGCAGCACUUCCUAGGAAACCAAGAUCCACUGCAGUUGUUCGAUAUUUUGGACGUAGAUGGAGACGGAGAGAUCGGAAUCUCCGAAUUCUGCGAGCAUUUAUUGGAUAGGGUAACCUCUGAAGCGCCAAUUGAGGUGACUAGGGUUUUGAAAAUGGUGCAGCAAAUUAAGGGACACACUUCCAAGCUCCUGAGCUCACAGCAGAUAUCAAAAGCCAUGAAGAUGUCGGAAGCAAUCAAGGUAGGAUCGAGUAAGGAGACCAGCACAGCGGAUGAAGGUACUUACUACCAGCACACCAGCUCCGUUUUAUUAGAGCCAUUUUUUUUACAAACUUUGUUUUCACUCGGUCGGUAUAGACGUACUCUUAUGCAUAGAUACGUGUUCAUUGCGCGCUAAGCAAGAAAAUUGUACAUAAGAACUGGACCUGUACCUCCACCUAGAAGUACUUCCUGUAGCUGCUUCGUGUACGUACUUGCUGAGGGUACUUCCACUUUAUUGGCUAUCAGGCGUGCGAGCAGAUGUCAAGGCGUUAACGGAGCGGGUAGAUUUGCUGGAUGAGAAGCUUAAUAAGAUCAUGGCUGCCGUGUGUGCUGAGUAGAGCUAGAUUGAUUAUAGUUGUUCACUUGUGAGUACUUUUUUAUUUUUUCUCGACCUCGUCACACGGCAACUAGCUACCUGGUAAGGACCCUAGUACUCCGUCUAGUAGUACCUUUUGCUCAGGACCGUUUUUUUCUCGACCUCCACCGAGGUUGAGGUGGCUCACUCCUGGUAGUACACUCAUAGAUGUACAACAAGAACUACGACCCUCUCCCACCACGACACGCGACUGUUCUCCGGCUUCGAUGAAGAUCGUUAGGAAGGCUGGACUGGUCCGCUCAUAAAUCAAUACUCCUA